AUGACUGAACAGACAGAGCACCAACGACGAGGCCUGCUCUCGCUGCCAAACGAGAUCCUGCUACAAGUCUUCCAGCAUUUCCGCGGCAGCGACUUCUACGGCCCUGUGCUGGUCAACAAGCAACUGAACUUGCUGCUGACGGGGGAGAUGUAUCGGCAUCUUCGACUGUAUUUGCCGAAUCCGAACGGCAGCGACGAGGAGGAGGAGGACGGGUACGAUAGCGAGGAGGGAUACGAAGAACGGCGACGGACGGAGGGGUUUUGGGAGGAUGAUGAUGAGUGCAUGGUUGAUUUAUUUGAGAACUUUUCGAUUGAUAAAAAGGCGUCUGAGAAGAGGAUGAAGGCGGGAAGGAAAGGAAGCGGUGCGCUGCUUAAACGUACUUUAAAAGAAAACCCGGAACUCGCGAGCUUGGUCAAAGAAAUCGCAGUGAUAGGCCACGAUCUGACCCCGAAAGACAUCAAAACCACACCAGACGGCAUGACAGAAUUCCCUCUCCCGCCCGACGCCGCCUACAAAGGCGUGCGAAACCUGCUCCGCCACCUGACGAAUCUCGAGUCGCUGAGCUUCAGCGGCGACUCCGCGCAGCUGUCUGCCUUCAUCGGCGGCGUGCCGAGCUCAGUUAGUUCGUUGGCGCUUGAGCGGUUGUCGAGACUGCAGCUGGGCGAUGUGUACAAGUUUCGAAAGCUGCGGCGGUUGACUAUUCGCGCGCCGACGGCGGCGGCGGCGGGUGAGGAGGUUGUGCUGGGUAAGUCUGUGAUGUGGGAGAGUUUCUACGCGAUCCGGAUGCUGCUUGAGCAGAACGCGGCGACGCUGGAAGAGCUUGUGCUGGGCAAUCUUGAUCUUGAUAUGCUGUUUGAGAAUUACGCGCCGAUGCUGAGUCGGCUCAAGUUUCUUGCGAUCGAGCUUGAUCCUGCGGUGUGCGCGGCCGAGGACGAGGAGGGAAGUGCGGAGGUGACGGGGAAGAGCGCGCGGCCGAUGCAGUUGAGUUCGACGGGACGACUGGGCUGGACGUGGUUGAGUGAGUUCAUAGGCUCGACGCGGUCAAACAUGAAGGUGUUUUUCUGUCUGAGCAGGCAGGAACUUGAACAAAAGCAGAGACCAAUCACAGAGAUGAAGAGCGCGGUGAAGGGGAUUGAUUGGAAAUCUCUCAACAGGCUCGAAGGCGGACGACGCGUGAAGCGAAAGUCUGUGUUUAAGGGCCAUCAGAUGGAGCAAUUCCUGGAUUGGACUAGGGAUGCGGGUGGAGCUGCGGUGACGGAAGUGUUGAUGGAGUUGACGAUUAGGAGGCAUAGGAGCAUUGUUGGGCGGUGA